AUAGAAGUGAUCUGACUGAACGGGAAUAAUGUUCGAAAAUAGAUUCUGGUUAAAGAUCGCUUCGUUGUUGUCGUUCUGUGCAUUCACCAUUUGUUUGUUUGUGAUCUCUUGUUGCUUUAGUUAUCAGCAUGAAUGGAUUAAAGCGAACACAAAUUUCGAGGAUUCUAUGUUCGCCAUGGACAUGUGGUCGCAUUCACCAUUUGGCAAGCUCAAGAUUUACAUUUUCAAUGUGACGAAUGCAGAGAAUUAUCUCAAUGGCCGCGAUGAGAAAAUACAUCUACAGCAGAUCGGUCCUAUAACAUACGAUAUUAAAAGCUCCAACAAAAUUCUCCAUCGCGUCAAGGACAGUGUGAAAUAUCAAAAGGAGCGCUUUCUGCACAUCGAUUUUAUGCCCUACGAGAGCAUUUCCCCGGACAUUCUCAGCAAGACCAUUAUACAGGCCGACAAAAAGUGUUUUUGCUGGCAAGAUGAGACUUUUCUUUCCAGCAGCGUCUACGAUUUUCUACACAUCACCUUUGGUCCUCUAAAUAAUAUAUUUAAGAAGAAAGAGGAGGAUUUUACAGUCAACAUUGGCCCGAAGCAUGGAAUGGAAAAUUUCUUUCGCAUACUAACUCUCAACGGAGAGCACUCGAUUAAGACGAAAAAUGGGGCAACUUUCAAUGAAGGUUGUCCUAUCAAUGUGCAAGGAGCAUUUGACAAUUCACUCUUUCCACCCUUCAUCACAAAGAACACCUCGCUGAAUAUCUUCGCAAGAGAAUUGUGUCGAGUUAUCCCACUUCAUUAUCAACGGAAGGUGAUGCUAGAAGGUCUUAAAUGUUAUAGGUAUCUGCUCCUGCGGCCCAAUGAGACAGCGCCUGAUUGCUUAUCUGAAACAAAUGGCGUGCGAUUGCCCAAGGGCAUGUUUAAUGUACCGAAGUGUUUGUUGGACGGUGAGUGAAAGAU